AUGCUUAUAACCUUUUUUGACUUAAUGCUUUUCAUCUUCUUACCUAAACCUGUAGAAAAUUUAUGUUUAUUUUCAUCCUUGAUACCACUUUUAAGUAAAAACAAUAAUUAAUUUUCUAUUGAUUAAGAAUUAUCUUAAGAAUUUAUUCAAGGUCAGGCAAAUAAAGGAUUUGGAGUUUGGAUGAAUUAUUAGCCAAUGACAUAAAUAAGUGAGCUAUCAAACAGAGCUACUUAAAAUUUCAGUAUAUUAAAAGAUUAAAUUAUUAUACAAGGACAACAAUUUAUCUAUUCCAUUGAACGUGCCAAUGAUAAGGUGAAUUGGUUGGUUGUUUCUGCUGAUAUAGAUCCAAAUAAAUAAAUAAUUACCCACAAAGUAUUUUACUCUUUCAAAACUUUAACUAACACUUUGUCAUUUGAAUUUGAUAAUAUUUUAUAUGAAGGAUAAUGGAUAAUGUUUUAUUGUUAUUUUGACAAUAUUUUAAGAUAAUCCCUUAUAGGAUUUUACAACGCUAAAGAGGAUAUAUCUAUUCAGAUUGUAAAUGAUUUACCACAAUAUGUAUAAACAAUAAAGCACAAUGUUGGAAAUACUUACUCAUACACGAAUCAGGAGGGUAGUUUUAUCUUAUUAAGUCAAUUCAUGGGACGCCUCACCAGUAUUUUCUCAGCUGAGUAGGAUAAUGUGUUCUUAGAUAUAGACACCUGUUCUGAAGAUUUUUUUGGCUAUCUAUCUUGUUAUGAGAGGUAAUAUCUAAAAAUGAAUGGAACUCAUUAUAUAAAGACUUUUACAUAAGAAUUUUCUUAUACACCGAGAUAUGUAUUUUAAGGAUGGGUUAUGAUAGCUGAAUCGAGUUAGGUUCUAUAGGAGACCACCAUUUUUCGAAUAACAUUAAAUUAAGAUUAUGGUGAUGAUUUAACAAUAGGAGAUAGAGAUUUACUCUUGAAAUAUUAUUAGAGUAGUAUCCCUUCUGAGAAUGGAUUUGAAAUUUCUACUUAUUCAUAUGAGUUUCCUGUAAAAGAGAGACACUAGACAAAUGAAGAUGAUAGAAUUCGUUAAUUUGGAGACGAAUAUACAGAGUUAUUAAUUAAAUGGCAUUAUUUUUUUUAUGAAUUUGGAAGCAAAAACAAUAAGGAAUAACCUUACUUUUCUAUUUUUUUUCCUUCUAUUAAUUAAGUUCGCUCUUUUACUUGGAGUAAAACUAUACGUCAUUUUUCAGGAACUAAUUUUUAGAUUUUCUUAGGAGGAGAUUACUAUGCUUAAAAUUAUUUAAGAGGAUAUGUUAGUGAUGUUUAAUUUUUACUAUUAUGUAGUCCAAAAAUUAAUGAAUAUAAACCUCCAUGUCAUUAUUCUUGUUUAGAAUGUGAGGGACCUACUAAAUAUAACUGUCUUUCUUGUUCUGAUUAAAGUUUUAGACACCUUACAAAAAACGAGAAAACUUGUGCUUGUUAAUAAAGAUAUAUAGAUAUAGAAGGUGUCUAAGAUUGCUAAUCAGUAACCUAAGCAUUCCCAUAGAUAUACAUAUAAGAAGUAGAAUUAUUUUGUUAGCAGUCAGGUUAUAGCAUCUGCAAUUAGAAUGAAAUUGAAUGCAAUUUUGGCUAUUUUGAAUAUUAAGGCAUGUGUGUAUAAUGUCCUUAUUUUUAUGAAGUGUACGCUGGUAAAUAAAUAAUUUGUUUAGAUUGUUUGGUAUCACCAAAAUAAUUUGGAUAAACCUUAACUUGUAAAAUGAAAGCCGAAACUUAUGAAUUACAAGAAGACUAUUUAUAUUAAGUUUAAAAAAGUGACUAAAAUGAUUAUCUAUAUUUUUAUAUGCUAACGAACGUAAAUGGAACUUACGAUCUUAAAUUGUGUCAAGGUUGUAUUAGUAAAGAAAGAUGUAGAAAUGGUUUCUAUUUAGAAAAUUCAGAAUGUAAACCUUGUUUAAAUGGCUGUAUGGAGUGCUUAAAUUCAUUUGAAUGCAAAAAUUGCUUUUCUAAUUAUUAUUUAAGUGAAGAAAAGAUAUGUUUGAAAUGUGGCGAUUGCUUAACUUGCAAGAGUAAUAACAAUGGAUCAUAUUAAUGCAUUGGUUGUUUAGAGAAUCAAUAAAUAAUUAGGAAUUAAUGCAUUUUUUGUGGGGAUUAUUGUCAGGAGUGCGAUGCAUCUAGACUUUGUAAUUUCUGUAAAGAUUCACCUUUAAAAUAUUAUUUAUCUAUGGAUGGAUAGAAUUGCAGAUAAUGCAAUAUAGAAAAUUGUAUAUAUUGUUUUGAUUACAUUCUCAAUGGUCGUCUAUUACAAACAAGCUUAGAUAUCAAUUUUAAAGUGAUAAAUUUCAACUUUCGAUAAUUACAUAUAGGUUGUGCCCUAUGCAAAGAGAAUUAUCAUUAUAAUUUCAAUAGCUAAAAGUGCGAGUUGAAGGAAAUAGAUGAUGAUUGCGAAUUCGCCAUUAUCGAAAUUGAAAAUUAAAAGAAAACUUGUAUAAUUAGCAAAACCAAUCAGUAUGCUGUUUAAGUAUCAAAUUGCAUAAUGAUUCCAAACUGUAUUUCCUGUAUUCACAAUUACAUAGAUAAUGAAUCCUUUUGUAUAGUAUGUUAGGAUGGCUAUUAUUCAGCAAUUCUUAAAGGUUAAUGUAUUUAAUGUGGCUAAAGUUGCAAGACUUGUAUAUAAUAAAAUGUUAAAUAUAGAGAUUAUUGGAAAUGGAGUAUUAAGGCGUUUUAUAAAUAUUUCAUUAAUCUUAAUAAUGAUCAUCCAUUUGAAAAUUAUGCAUCCUUGAAUUCUGAAUCAGAUAUGAAAUUAAUCUGUACAUCAUGUCAUUAUGGAUAUAUAUUAUAUAACUAAUUAUGCAUAAAAAAUUGUGAUUAAACUUGUAAUAAAUGUGAGAUCAUAAAUGGAAAAGCAACAUGUAUUUAAUGUUUAGAAACGAUUGCUGGUUUCAUGAAAAGUUAAAAUGAAAACGGAGGUUGCCUACAAUGUCCACCUAAUUGUAUUGCUUGUGUGGAGAGAAGCGAAUCAGAAAUUUAAUAAGUUAAUCCUUACUUUAUUUUAACUGAUUCGAAUAAAUUUUAAACUCGAAAAUGCUAUGAAAAAGCAAAAGUUGGCAAUACUCCAGAAAAAUAUUAUUAAGAUUCAUUGUCAUAAACAAUAGUUGUUUGUAACAAAUAUGAACAAUGUUAUAACAAAAUUAUUUUUAGGCAAAUUAUUCAUUGUGAUGAUACAACUUAUUAUGAUGAAUAUUUUUAAACAAACGAUGAGUACUUUGAAAGCAAGAAUGUAAUUCUUUAUACCUUUUUUGACAUUGGUUAUUUAGAAAAAUUAGAGACUACUUAACUUUUUGAUUAUCUAAAUGAUAUUUCGGCAAGGCAUAUUUCAUUUGAAUAUACUUUAUUUUAAUUUGAAGACAGGCCAUGUGAAUUUCUUAAUAACUUAAAGAUUUUCUCCACAUUAGCAUAACAGGUUUUUUCAGUAUAAUAAAUUGAUAUUAAAUUUAAGGGAAAACAAUAGACAUCAGAUGAUCCAAUCGAUCUCUUAAUCCCCUCAACAAUAUUUUUUAAUAAUUUUACGACAAUAAGUUUUGAAAAUAUCAAUUUUUAAUUUACAAACAACGAAGAUUCUAUUACUGGUAGCUCAAUUCUCUCUUUAAGCAAUUUUAAAAGCAAAAUGAAUUUGAAUCUGAAAGAUUGUAAAUUUGAAAGUAGAGGUCCCACAAUAAGUGGAUAAGGUUUUAAAGUUGAAUCAAAUAUUCCUUAUUCCAUUUUCAUCAAAAACUUAGUAAUUAGCAAUAUAAAAAUACAAUAAUCUGAUAUAUUUACUUUUAUUUCUUAAACCAAUCUUUCUAAAAAUUAGAUUCAAAUAUCAAAUAUGGCAAUUAUAAAUUCCAUAUUUAUAGAUACAACGUUUUUCAAAUUUUUAGCUAAUACAAAUCACCUUCAAUAUCAGUCUGAAUUAAGAAAUAUUAGUAUUAUUGACUCUAUAUUCGAACGAGCUAACUUUUUCAUAUGUAGUGGCUUAUUAGAUUAUACGAUAGGUACUUUAAAUAUUCAGUAAAUAUUUUUACAUAAUGUUGAUUUUUUGAAUUCAAAUAUUUUCAUCCUCCCCAUUGUAGAAUCAGUAUUUGUUUCUUAGUUGAUUUUAUAGAAUUCUAAACUUAAAGACAACUCAUCAUUAUUUUCAAGCAAUGUGAUAAACUUAGAAGGUUGUAUAAUAAAUUAAACACUUAUAGAAUUAAGCAGUUUAAUACAUAAUAAAGUUAAUUAUACUAAAUCUUAAAUCGCUUUAAAUUAGUCCUCGAAAAUUGUAAUAAAGAAUUUAUAAGUUUUAAACAUUAAUUAUAAUAACAAGUAAUAAAUUAUCAAAAUUGUGAAGUAUGAUGAAAUAGAUUAGUUAUUGCUUAAUUUAACCAAUUUAACCAUAAAGAAUUGCAUAUCAAACCCUAAUUUUUAAAAUACUUAAGUCUCCUUUGAUUAGGUAAUGAUAUAUAUUGAAUGCCAAUAUUGUUAUUUAUACGAUGUAUAAAUACAGAGAGGUUAUGGGCAUCCUGAAAUGACCAUCUUUAAUUCAAAGACUCUAGAAAUAAGAAAUUGGUAAUUCUUUUAGGAUCAAAGAUAUUUUUCAAAAGCCUUACAUUCAUCUAUCGAAUGUGUAUCACAAUUUGCUAUAAUGGAAUUGUAUUUCUUUUUAUAUGUGGGUUAAUAUCAAAGGCUUUUUAUUGAUAAUUUAAAUGUUUCAACCUGUUUAAGUUUCAAUACCCCAUUGAUUAUUUUAAAAGGAUAUGAUAUAAUGCAAAAAAUGGUGGAAGAAACAAUUGUUGUGCAAAAUUCCUAAUUUAGUUCUAAUUUAUUAAUAAUCUCAACCACUAAUAAAAAUUCUGCUUUAAUCUCCCUUGAAUCAUAAUAAAAGGUACUUGUUACCUUUAUCAAUACAAAAUUUUCAAAUAAUCACCUAAACACAUAUUAUUAAACUUUAUCUUCAAUUUCUUCCUCUACAAUAUUGCUAUUUAUAAAAUAUGGAAAUGUGUUUAUAUAAGAUUGUUAAUUUUAUUAAAAUUUAGUAACAAACUCAACUGAUUCAAUUAUAUACAUUGUUUCAAAAAAGGUAUAUAUUAAGGAUUCCACUUUUAAAAACAACAAUAUAAUGAAUUACUCAAUAAUGAGUAGAUAUAUGAUAAUAUCAAUCAUUCAAGUUAAAUCUACAAUAGACCUAUAAUUAAUUUUUCCAAUAAAAUCAAACAGUGGAAAUGGCAUGAUAAUUUCAAAUUCAAUAGAGAUACAAAACAUAAAGGUUAAUGCCUCUUUUUCAAUUUAUGGAGGAGGUUUCUAUAUAAUUACAUCUGGAACUAGCAUUAUUAAUAUUACAAAUUCAGAAUUUUCAAAUACAAAAACCACUUUAUCCUCCUUAUAUUUUUCAAAAGGAGGUUGCCUUUAUAUUGAUGCCGUUUCAUCUGCAUUAACUCUAUAAAUUAAGAAUGUUACAUUUGAUAAAUCUUUUAGCAGAUAUGAUGGUGGUGCAAUUUACAUAAAUCCAUCCGAAACAUUAAAUAUAAUUGAGUUGGAAAAGUUAAUUGUUAAAGAUUGCUUUUCGAUUUAAAAUUCAUUUUUUUCAUAUGUUUUAACGAAAAAGGAUACUGUUUAAUCUUAUAUAGUGUUUAAGGAUAUAGAGUUCUAUUCAACAAAAGUAGGACUCGAAAAUUAUUAUUCAUAUUUAGAUGGAAUAAAUGAUGAAGAUGCUGUAAACAUAAUUCAAUAAAAUCCUUUAAUUUAUGUUGAAUUUGGAAAUUUUAGUAUCAAGAAUUGUCAGUUUAUAUCCAUUUAUACAUAAUUUUUACUUAAAAUUGUACAAGCUUAGAACAUUUUGAUGUCGAACAUCAAGAUUACUAAUUGCACAGUAGGAUUUUCACCUCUAAUCCAAUUCAACUUUAGAUAAUAAUAUGCUGGAGAAUUGAAAAUAUUUGAUCUGUAAAUAAAUUAAUUGUAUCAAUUUUUGAAGACUGAAAAGAGGGAAUGCUUAAUAAUAAAAACUGCAUUUCCAAUUUAAUUAGAUUGCCCCCUCAAAUUGACUUAAUAUAUUGCUUAACUUAAUGAAAAUAUUAAUGAUUAAUACAAUUUAAAUCAAUUAAUUUGUAAUUAGGCUUAAAUUUUCAAAAAUCCAUCCCUUAAAUUCAGCUUGAUUGAAAUUGAAUAAAUUAAUGUUAGAAACAAAGUAACAAUACAAAAAAUGGAUAUUACAAAUGUAGAAUGCAUAAACUGCUAUUUUGGUUUGAUUAGAAUAGUAGAAAUUGAACAAUAAGAUUUCGAAAAUAUUAAGAUUUCGAAAAUAUUGAUAAAAAACAGUCAUUGCGGGAGGACUGGCUGUCUUUCAAUUGCUAAAAAUAAAAAUGAUUUGAUAAUUUAAGAUCCUUAACCAAAUUAUAGGAUUUUGCAAUAACAUAAUUACGAAAAUCUGUUAAAUAGCAUGAAAUAUUAGCUGAUGAUAAAAUAGAGUCAAUUUCUAAAUAACUCUGCAACUUACGGUGGUUCAAUUUUAAUAAUGAGUAUUAGUACUAUUAUUAAAGAUUGCAUUUUUUAAAAUAAUCUUGCAGAUCUUGGAGGUGCAAUUUAUUAUUCAUCUGAGAAAGAAGAACUAUAUAUUUUAGAUACAAAAAUUAUUGAAAAUAAAGCUGAGAUUGCAGGAGGCAUUUAUUUAAGUUCUUAAUCACUUCAAUAGACUAAGUAGUUAGAUUUAUUAUUGGAUUUCAAUAACUCAACAUUAUUUGGCUCUAGUGCUUUGGAAAAACCAAGAUCAUUAACAUUAGCAAUUUAGAAAAGAUUAAUUCUUCAAAAGAAAGAAAUUAUCAAAACUGAUAAAUAGAUCGUUGAACAGAUUCUUAUCGAUCCAUAUAAGAUUUUAGGAUCCUCAUCUAAACAGUAUCAGUUAAUGUUACCUUCAGGAACAGCCAUAACCAACUACAGGUAUUUUGAUCCAGUGAAUUCAGAAUUUAUCCCUUAUAAUCUUACCCUCAGGAUUAUUGCUUUGGAUAAGUUUUAGGAAUAAAUAAAGGGUUUGUCAGGUUCGAAUUGCAUUUUAUAACCGAUAGCUUUUAAUUUAAGAUCUUAAUAGGAGUAAUAAAAUGUCUAAUAUAAUCUAUCAUAAUAUGAAGUGAUAUUUAAUGAUACAACGGGAGAUUAUAAUUUAGAUAAUCUAAUCAUUUACUUUAAUCCUACCUAUGAUUAGGAUAUUGUUCUUCGAUUAUCAAUUUAAUGUAAUAGUGUGUUAGUCCCUUAAUACAAAGAAAUUCCACCUUAUGAAAUUUAUAAUUAUGUGAAAGAUUAUAAAUUGUUUGUUGAUAUUCGAACAUUUCACUGCUAAUUAGGGGAAUUCUUAAAUCAAACAUCUGGUGGAUGUGUUCUCUGUGAUACCUUUUAGAAUUAAUACUAAGUAUCUUUGGCUGCUUAAAACUGCAGCUAUAAAGAUAAUUCUAAAAUUAAAUCAUUGGAAUCAAGUAUGAUAGAACUAAGGGAACAUUAUUGGAGACCAUAUUAUUAUAGUCAAACUAUUGAAAAUUGUUAUCAUUUGGAUAAGAAUUGCUAAGGUGGUUGGAAACCAGGGGAUAAAUCAUGCAUCUAAGGACACAUAGGAGCUUUAUGUGAAUAAUGUGAUUUAUAUAAUUCUAGAGGAAGUGGAUCUUAUUCUGUAAGUUCUACUUAUUCAUGCGGAAGUUGUGAUUAAAUAGCAUACAAUAUUAUUACAAUAAUUUUUGUGAGUCUUUGGACGUUCAUUUCAACAUUUAUUUCAGUGAAUAGCACUAUAUAAAUGCUUGAGGAAUUUAUUUAAGGAUUAAUCCUGAAGUCUUUUGGAGUUAGAUUAGCAAUAAAAGAAGCUCAAACAGCUAUUCUUAUCAAAGUUUUCACAAAUUAUCUUCAAAUUAUUUCAACCAUUUCUACUUUUUAAUUGCAAAUUCCAACAGGGUUAGCUUCGGUUGUCAAUACAGUUGGCAACCCUAUUGAAUCGCUCGCUUAUUCAUUAGAUUGCUUUUUAGUCACCAUAACAGAUAUAUUGAUAAUAUACUUUAGAAUUAUUUGGAGCCUAAUUAUGACUUCCACUUAUAUAGCAAUUAUUUUUAGUUUAUAUGGAAUCUUAAUAAUUACUAAGAAAAUAACAUUCAACAUUUCUUAUAUUUCUACAUCCUUGAUAUAUUUGUUCAUAUUUUUUUAGCCAAAUUUAAUAGGAGGAAUCAUAUCAAUAUUAUCUUACAGAAUAAUAUCAGAUGAAUAUUGGAUUUAAGGAAAUGUAUCAUAUCGAUAUGAUACAAUUUCACAUUUUAAAUGGUCGAUGGCAUUUAGCAUACCCUUAUUAUUCACUUUUGGAUUCCUACUUCCCUGCUCUUUUUGGUAUGGAGUCUAUAAAAAUAGAGACCAUCUCGAUUACUACUCUGUUAGAAAAACAUGGGGAUACUUAUAUAAUGAAUAUAGGAUUCAUGCAUAUUUCUGGGAAACAUUAAAAAUUGUCCAAAAACAAAUCAUUAUUAUUGUUUUGGCUUAUUAUGAUGAUCAUGUUUCAAUAAAAGCAUCUUUAGUCUUUCUCGUUUUAUUUGCUUAUACUUUUAUAGCAUCUAAACAGCAACCUUAUAUGACUGGCCAAUUAAAUAUAAUUGACACAUAAUCAACCGUAAUUUGUGCUGUAUCAAUUAUUUUGGCUAGUUCAAUUUACACAGCUCAAUAAUAAGAUUUGAUUGAGAUUUAAUGGCCUUUCUAUAUAAUAAUUGGCUUACUUAAUGGAUUUUAUAUUUUUCGAAUGUUAAUGCAGAUACUAUUUGCAUAUUUCAAUAAGCUUUAAGAAAACAUAGACAAAUUAAAAGAAACAAUAUAAAAAUAUUUUCCUAAUCUAGCGGAGUAUCAUCCAUUCUUGAAAAUUUUCCUUGAGACACACAAAAAUAAAUAUGAAAGAAUUAAAAAAAGAUAUGGGAAAUUGAGAGAAUAUUUAAUACCUUAAGCUCGCUUGAUUAUAUAAUUUAAAAAAUUCAAACAAUUAGAGUUGUCUUCAAAAAACACUACUAAAAAUAGUAUUGAUAAGAGCAAACAAGAAACUCAGUAAUAAUUUUCUGCAGGAAUCUGUAGUGUUGAUAAUCUUGUAAAUUUGAAUAUUCUAAAUAACAGUCAAAUCAAAAGGAACGAAUUCUCGUUUCCAAAUACUAAAAUUGAUUAAAAAUCAUUUGCAAUAUAGUUUUAAAGAGAUGUUGGGAGAUAAAAAGUUAACGUAGAGAGAUCAUAAUUAAAUUUAGAGCAGGAAGAUGUUUGA